AUGGCCCCCGAGAUCAAGCCGUUCGAAAUCGCCGUGCCAGACUCGGCCCUGGCUGCCUUGCAGGCCAAACUGGCCACAGCUACGCUUCCCGACAAGGUGGACUUUUCCGACGACUGGAGCUAUGGCGCGGCCCGCGACGACGUCGGGCGACUUGCCAGACGCUGGCGGGACACGUUUGACUGGCGGGCGCAGGAGCAGAGGCUGAACAGGCUCCCUCACUACACGACCAAGAUUGCCGUCGACGGGUUCCACGAGCUCGACAUCCACUUUGUCCACCAGAGGAGCGCCCGGCCAGACGCCAUUCCGCUGCUGUUUGUUCACGGAUACCCGCAGCACGGACAGUCGUUCCACGUCGUCGCGCCGUCGCUGCCCAACUUCGGCUUCUCGCAGCAGGUCCGGCAGCCAGGCUUUGCCCUGGACCAGUACGCAGAGUGCAUGCACAAGGUGAUGGUCCGGCUCGGCUACGCCCGCUACGUGACGCAAGGCGGAGACUGGGGCUUCUUCAUCACCCGCCUCAUCGGCCUGCGCUACCCGGCGCACUGCCUCGCGUCGCACGUCAACUUCCCGUGCGUGCGGCCGCCCGGCCUCAAGUCGCUGUGGUUCGGCCUGCGAUGGCUCCUGGGCCGGCACUCGCGCACGGAGAGGCAGGGCCUCGCGCGGACGCUCUGGUACCUCGCCGAGGGCUCGGGCUACAUGGUGCAGCAGAGCACCAAGCCCUCGACGCUGGGCUUCGCGCUCGCCGACUCGCCCGUCGCCCUGCUGGCCUGGAUAUACGAGAAGCUGCACGACUGGACCGACGGCUACGCCUGGACCGACGACGAGGUCCUGACCUGGGUGUCCGUCUACCACUUCUCCGCGCCCGGCCCCGCCGCCAGCCUGCGCAUAUACUACGAGGCGAACCGCGCGCGCGCGGCGUCCUUCAGGGGCACGCGGUACGUGCCCUCGGUCCCGCUGGGCAUAUCCUACUACCCCAGGGACCUGUUUGCCGUGCCCCGGCCGUGGGCCAGGUGCCUGGGCCCCGUGGUGUACGAGGCGACGCACACGCACGGCGGGCACUUUGCCGCCUUUGAGGAGCCCGAGCUCUUCGCCGCCGACCUGCGCGCCAUGUUUGGCCCCGGCGGCGGCGCUCACGGCGUCGUGGCACGCCUGGCUCUCGACUGUUGA